GGGCAGGGCGAGCCGGGCCGAGCCGGGCCGGGAGCCGCCAUGGCGGGGAGUCAAGACAUGUUCGACGCCAUCGUGAUGGCGGACGAAAGGUUUCACGGGGAAGGCUACCAGGAAGGCUACGAAGAAGGCAACAGUUUGGGUAUAAUUGAAGGAAGACAGUAUGGCACGUUGCAUGGAGCCAGAAUUGGAUCUGAGAUUGGGUGCUAUCAAGGCUUCGCUUUCGCUUGGAGAUGCCUCCUGCACGGCUGUGCCGCAGAGAAAGACAGCAAAAAGAUGAAGGCCUUAGAGUCGUUGCUUGGGAUGAUUCAGAAGUUCCCUUACGAUGACCCCACUUACGAUAAACUUCACGAGGACUUAGACAAAAUUAGAGGGAAAUUUAAACAGAUGAGGAAACCGAGACCCGCGGGGACCGCCCGGUGCAAGGGCAUCGGCAGCAGAGCUCGGACUCCGAUCCCACGCCCGCCUGUCACCGCAGCUUGUGCUGCCUGCUCUGGAACGCACGGCCACAGCCAUGGAGCGGGCGGCUGCUCCCAGGCCCGGGGUGCGCGGGUCCCCACUGCGGUCCAUGGAGCCACGGGGAGUCCCUGUGGCCUGCUGACACGGCCUCUGGCCGAGAGGGGCUUCAGAGGGAGCCCAGACACGCUUUUCGCACUGUCUCCAGAUGGGGCCGGGCUCUGCAGCAUUAAGACGGUUAAGGGGGCUGUACUGUAGGCUCACGACGGAAGGUUGGGCUGCUGCCGUCUCUGCAGACUGGGGGAGCCUUGUGUUGAGGACACUGCGUUUCUCCUGUGACGCGACUUCUCUCGUCGUCUGCCUGCACUUCACAGGCAUCUGUAUCCAGGGGAGGUAUGGGUGGGGGGGGACGGGGGUUCCGUCAGUGGUUCUGGGGUGUCCCUGUGCCCGGCCCAUGCCCUCCGGGGGACACCCUCAGCAUUGCUGGCAGGUCUGCCUGCUUCUCUCUGAGGCAGCGUGCCUGAAAGUCAGGCAUGAGGUGAAUAAAGGGGUAACCGUGAAUCUGUUCCAGUUUUUAACAUCAUUCUGGAACAUUCCAGUGAUCGCUGCUUUGCCGCACAAGCUGGUGGUCCUGAGCAUGUGCCGGAGACUCCAGGCUGGGACCCCCGCAGGAGCGGGGGUGGGUGUUUGUUUCCCUCUCCUUCGGUUCCCCUGGCCAGUGCGCCGAGGAAGAGACUGGGGCUUGAUCCUGCCAUGCUGGCAUGUGCGUCCCUGGCCACGGCCCUCGACUCGGUCCCCGCUGAGUCCCUGAGAGCUGGUGUGCUUACGGCUGCAGACAGUGCCCGACCCCUGGCUGGGUCCUGCGGCCACGAAGGCCAGCUGCGGGUGUCCCUUGCCUGUGGGAUGGGCCCGGGGGUGGGGUGGGGCAACUGUGGUGGUUUUCCUUGGUGGGUGGUUGUGUUUUCUAAGUUCUCUGUUGUGGUGAUAAGUGGAGAGAAAAAUAAAUAGCCCAUUUUAAAG